AUGAACACAUUAUACCCUAACGAUUUCAAGUGGAGAAAAAACACAAACUUUCCGCAACGGCGAAAGGAUGAAGGCAAAUUGAACAUUGCAUGCGGUGAACACAUACAUUUCGAUCGCGAAGAUCAGUGCGAAGGAAGGCUUACAAACAGUAAUUGUGACACAAUGUCCGUGGAUAGUAGUAACUAUUAUUCUUCAAACGAAUCUCUUCACGUUGAAAGUGAAGGAGGAAACCGAACAAAAAGACAGAUGAAGGGGAAAUCCAACAAAUCACAUGUUUUGCGUCCUGUUGCUUUGGAUUGUGAAAUGGUCGGUGUAGGAAAAGAAAAGUCAAGUGCCUUAGCAAGGUGUAGCGUUGUUAGCUACGAAGGAGAUGUCCUUUACGACGCAUACGUUAAACCCGACAAGCCCAUCACGGAUUACAGAACACAAUGGAGUGGUAUUAGACCAAAACACAUGGACAACGCUAUACCAUUUCGUUCAGCGAGGAAAAAAGUUAAAAGACUUAUCAAAAAUCGUGUACUUAUAGGUCAUGCCUUGCAAUUUGACCUGAAAGUGCUCAAGUUGAAACAUUACUCAGAUCUAAUCAGGGACACUUCUAAGCACAUACCUUUGCGAGCGUUAGCAGGUUUCCCUAGGAACUCAACACCAUCACUAAAACGCCUGACAAAGCAGUUGUUGAAGUGGGAUAUUCAAGUGAACGAACACUGUUCGGUGGAGGAUGCAAGAGCAGCUAUGCUCUUGUACAGAAAGUGUGAGAAGCAGUGGGAAAAGGAUACUAAAGGAAAGGGUGACCAGUCUUAUUUAGCAGAUACUUAUUGGCCAAAUUGGACAGAGUCUGUUAAGUAA